AUGGCAAAGGUUUGUUCCAAACUUCUCUUACUAUCUGCCUUUUGCAUAUUCAUUGCUCAAGCCUUUGCUCAGCCAAACUUGCAAUACCAUUUUUGUAUAGACAAUGGUAACUACACAAGCAACAGUACUUACAAAGUAAACCUCAAUCACCUCCUCUCCUUCCUCACUUCCAACACUCAAAUUGACUAUGGGUUCUACAACAUUUCUUAUGGCCAGGACCCUGACAAAGUAUAUGCACUUGGACUUUGUAGAGGAGAUGUUAAGCCAGAUGUUUGCCAUAGUUGCCUCAAUAACGCUACAAAUCUCACACAGCUUUGUCCCAGUCAGAAGGAAGCAAUAAUAUGGUAUGACUAUUGCAUGUUACGCUACUCAUUUCACAACAUAUUUGGGAUCAUGGAAGGUAGUCCUGCUUUCUAUGGGUGGAACUAUGAUAACGUAUCAGCCAAUUUAAAUGAGUUCAAUCAAGACCUCAGGACCUUGUUGGAUAGUCUGAGAAGUCAAGCUUCAGCUGGUGGUUCUCUUCGUAAAUUUGCAGUAGGAAAUGCAACAGCACCGAACUUCCAAACACUAUAUGCACUGAUGCAGUGCACCCCUGACUUGUCUCAGCAAACUUGCAGCGAUUGCUUGGUUGGGGUUAUGGGAAGUAUUUCGCAAUGUUGUAAUGGGAAGCAAGGUGGCAGAGUUAUCAUACCCAGCUGUAAUUUAAGCUUUGACCUCUAUCGCUUUUAUGAUCCAACCGCUGAUACUGUACCACCGCCACCACCGUCACAAACACCAUCUCCUCCGCCAGCAUCACCAGUAUAUACACUUCAAUCUUCAACAAAUACUACUGCUGCAAAAGGAAAUGAGAGUAACAAAUAUCGAACUGUCACUAUUGUUGUGCCUAUUACUGCUUUUGUGAUACUAAUAAUAAUCUCCUUCUGCAUCUACCUAAGAGUCCGGCAGCCAAGCGAGAAUCCAGAAAGCGAAGCAGUGGAUGAGAUUGGAAGUGUGGAAAACUUGCAGUUAGACUUUGAGACCAUCAAAGUUGCAACAGACAACUUUUCUGAUGCAAACAAGCUUGGGCAAGGGGGAUUUGGAGCUGUUUACAAGGAGAGUAUUUUGGAUCGUUGGCGGCAAUCUCAAGAUGUUGAAGAUGGGGAAGAUGAGAGAAUGGUGGCUGGAUACAGCAUGCAGGGUCAUGGAGCUAGCCUCGUGUUCUUAAGAACUUCUGGAGAAGUUAUUUCAGAAGAUCAUGCUUUGGAUUACAACGAGGACAGUGGCAACGAAGAAGAUGGAGAUGGAGCAAAGCAAAUGAGCAAAACAUACACCACCAUGUUACUGGCCCUGUAUGCUGGGACCCUUCUGGUGUAG